AUGGUGCUGCUGAGGAACAUCUGUGGUCUGACUGCUCCCGGCACAGGCUGGGACAGUGUUCCAUCUGCUUCAGACACGAGUAUUGAGGCUAACAUAGCCAGAGUGAAGUACUAUAGGAACUCGGUCUAUGGGCAUGCCAGCCAGGAGUCUGUGGACGAUCUAACAUUUAAUUCAUUGUGGAGGGAUAUAAGUGCCGCACUGACUCCACUUGGUGUAGAUGCAGCUGCUAUCGCAAAACUAAAAACUGAGACUAUGGAUCCAGAUACGGAGAAGCAUUACCGAAAGUCGUUAAAGGAAUGGAAGAAAGACGAAGACAACAUCAAAGACCAACUUGAUGAAAUGGAAGGUAUAGAUGAAUAUCUUAUUAUUUUAUUUUUAUUAUGGACCAACUUAAUAGAAUGGAAGGUAUUAACUAAUAAAAGUUUUGAAGUGUAGCACUAAAUAGGUUUCUUCUUUCCGAACGUAAAUUUACUACGCGAUUAGAAUAAGGUAUGGGUAGGGCUGAAAUGAAACCGUGGAAUUAGACAAAAUAAACUUUUUCCUUACAAAAACGCAUUAAUAACCAUAAACCGACAUAUAAAUAUUAAACCUCAAACAGGUUUAAUUUAAAGUCUAUGACUGACUGAGUUGCAGUGAUGUGAACUUUACACAAAAAAGGAAAAAAUGUUGUUUAUUCAAACAAAAUUUGUUUGCAACAACAAAAGAGGGCACUAAUAGCAGGCGAGUUAGUAAUUUAGCAUUUACUGGAUCUUCUUUCGUAUGAUCUGAAGAAUUAGGCAAAUCCAUGCGGAUAAUACCCUCAGAGAUCUGUAUAAUUCUUCAGAUCAUUCUCAAUCUCAUCGAAUAAUUGCUAAUUAUCUCAGCUGACAAGUUGGACUCUGAUUUUAGAUGUUUACCGAUUUUUUUUGUUCAGUUAAACUCAGAAAGCAGAUGAAACGUGAAAUGGGAAACAUGAGCGAGAAGUUGGAGGCUAUGAAAAAUUCCGCUACUGAGGACGGAGGUCAGUUUCCAAAAAAUGAGGCUAAAUUUGUGAUUAAUUUUGCUAACUUUUAAUAAUGCUUUUAACAAAAGGAAUUUUUAAAUUUUUUGACUUUUUAGCUUUGCCGUGAGAAACAAAGCAUAUCAUUUUCUCUUACAUCAGAGAACAGAUGAGAACUGAAAAAGAAAAUAUUAGCGAGAAGAUAACUGAGGAAGGAGGUCAGUUCGGAAUAUUAAUUCCAAAUUCCAUAACUUGGACACCCUUUCUUUUGAUUACUAUGUAUAUCUUAUAAAAUUCCCUUCAAUCCUGUUUUACUAAUAUGAUCACGUGUGUGGACAAGACUGACAUUUAAAGGCUUUAAAAUCUUUGAACUUUCGUAACUUCAAAUGUGCGUCUGGAAAAUCAGGAAACCGGAGUCCGGAAAAGGAAUAGGAAUAGAAUAAGGAAGCGGAACGGGAACGGGUAUAGGACGCCGAAUUACAAUUUGGAACCGAUAUAAGCCGGACAGAGAGUCAUAUAUCUUGAUUGAAUUUAAUUCUCAUAUAACUUUUAACUUAAAUAUCCAAAAAGAAAAAAAAAACAACGCCUUAAAAAGUAACAUAUUUGUACGUACAAAUAUUUAUCGCUGGCUUCAAUAAAGGGUCUGUUUUGACGAACCGUAGGAGAACUGUAAUCGAAAAAGCUAAGUAUAAGCGUAAUAAUUCAACAAGAAGGAUUGCUAAAAGUCUUCAAAGUCAUAAUAUCAAAGUUUCGAACACAACGGUUUGGAGGUAUUUGACCAACAAAGGGCGGAAAGCUUUCAAGCGAAAGAAGAUACCACUGCUAAGUGAGAAGCAAAGAAUGGCUCGCUUAAGGUUACGAUUUGCCAGGAAAUAUUACAAACUCACGGCAGAGGAUGGGGAGGACGUUUUAUUUGCAGAUGAGUGUCCUAAGUAUCUAUUUCAAAACCCGAAUCCAAAAAGCGAUAUCGUAUGGGGCUCUCAGGAGUGCGACUUUUUCCCAGCAUACUAGGUGAAGCAAAGUGCAAAGGUAAUGGUAUGUGGAGGUAUGAGGGGUCGUGGCCUGACAAGGUUACACAUUUUACCUAGUGGCCAGACCUUAACCUCCGAGUACUAUAUCAAAGAAAUCCUAGAAAAAGAAGUAAAACCGUUAACCUCAAGGCGGCAGGUUACAGGCGGACCGACGGAAAGAAUGUUCUUCAGGUCAAAGAAGGCGAUGACCUUUGUGCAUUACGGCGCGCCGCCACAGACUUCAAAGGCGGCUCAGACGCGGUGUCUCAACAAUUUGCCAAAUUUUGUACCCAAGGAUGACUGGCCGGCAAGCUCACCUGAUCUAAACCAUGAGGAGAACAUCUCGAACAUAAUUGAUGAGAUAACGUACAAAGAGAGAUCCAGCCCCGAAAACACUGGACAAGCCAAGAAAGUGACUUCACUUCGCCUGGAAAAAUGUGACUCAAGACGCGCUUAAGGAGCUCGCGUAUUCUAUGCCCUGCCGAAUAGAAAAUGUCAGAAAAAAUAAAGGAGGCCAUGCUGGCUACUAAUAUUUCACUUGUUCAACGUAAAAUGAAUAAGGAAUAACGUACUUAACUUUUGAAAAGGUAAUUUAAGUAAAUCCAGAAAUGAAAGCGGACAAAAAUUCGAAAAGAACUUGAGAAACACCCUGUAGUAUAUCACAAAUCACAUCCCCUUCUUUCAAAAUCCAACAUCGCGGGGGCAGCUUUAUUAGGGCCUCUUCACAUGAGCCCGGUUAACCGGGCUGGCCCGCUUACCGGGGCUAAUUUCAUUUUGGGUUCAUAUGAGAAGUUUCAACCCGGUUUCCAAGAUAGUAAGAGGUCGAAGACGAGUUGUGGCGCGAAAUUCGCGAAAAAAGCAACAUGGCGAAACACAAAGUUAUACUGAUUCGUGCCUAUCGUGGCUUGGGCAACUCUUGUAGGUGUAUCAGUACAGUUAAAUGGGAUGCUUAGGAUGUGGAAGAUACCGCAGGCAAACCAAGACGAUGCAGAAUUCACUCGAAAAAUUCAUCCCAGUUUCAUCCCGGUAACCGGGCUGAAGUGUUUAUAUAGCAAAAUUUCCAGACCGCUUACCGAGAUCCCGGUUGGGAUAACCGAGAUCUAGGGAUUUAAAGCCAGCCCGUCUUCUCAUAUGAACACAUCGAAAAGUUUACAAAAGAUUUAGAGGCAGGGCGAGAUCUCGGAAACCGGGCCAGCCCUGUCAACUAGGCUCACAUGAAGAGGCCCUUAAUUUGCUUGAAUGUGUGGUCGGUUAAAAAAGUCGGGUGAACAGAAAAAAAACUGACGACCUGCUCAGAAUCAUUUGAAGGAAAUCAGCCAUCUCGACCUGAAAUGUAGGAGCCGUUGUCACCAUCCACCUGAAGGCUUUAAGAGGCUAUUAGUCAAGUAGUUUCCAGCGGCUGAUUCUUUUCAUCCCAACUCUUGGUACUACAACUUUUCUCUUAUUGAGUUAUUAACUAAAAACCAUCUCUGUUUUUAUAAGAAGCUAUAUAUACUUAUUGUUUUAUCUCGUAGCAGAAUAUGAUCGUUUAUUUCGUCUUUUUUUCUUCCUACCCUUAAACCGGCCUCUCUUCCAUUUCCUAUAUUCCCGUUCCGGUUCCUGUUGCUAUUCCCGUUUCUGUCUUGAAUUCUGGAUUUUUAUUUCCUAGUUUUCCGAACAAUGAAAGGUGUGUGAUGAAAGUUUAAUUUUGCUAAGUAUAUUCUUCUCCCUGACAGAUAGAACAAGAAAAGACUUGAGGCAGAUGAAAAGCGACAUCAGUGAGAAGCUGAAGACUUUGGUUUCUGCGACCAAAGAGGAAAGUGAGUUUCCCCACAUUGUAGCCCGCUAGGAAUUAAGUAUCUAAAAUAACUGUUAAAAGCUAGUAUUUCUGAUCGGUCAGUGAUCAUUUGUCUUAGAAGAGUGGCUCUAGGGUCUCAAAAGAACAGUUUCGUAUCCAAGGAGGACCCAAAGUGCUGAAACUUAUUCAUUUGCCCUCAACUCAGCGAGUGGAUGAUGGAUGACAUAUCUUGAACUAGAAAAAUACGCCCGAGGCUGUUUAGAGUCCGCUAUUUUCUCGUAAGAUGGUGGCGUUGGAGCCGACUAUACCAGAAACCUGCGUGGUAGGCGCAAAAGGGGGAGGGGAGGAGGGAGAAAAGCGCUUCCCUCACUUUUUCCCUUCCUACCUACCUACCUAUCACCUACUCCUUUCGAUGCUUGCUACGCACGUAACCUACUAGAAUGGUGGCCACUGACAUGUCACACAAGUUUUUUUAAAAAAAAUGAAAUUUUCAGCAAGUGAUUUUAUUUUGCAGCAGUAGAUUUGUUUGCAUCAUGGUCCCUUGUGGGCCACCGUAGGUACUCGCCCCAGUUGAAAAAAUAGAUGGAGGUUUUAGGAACCCUAUCAACCACAUGGUAAAAUAGGGGACUGUGAGUCCUCAAACACAAUAAGCUGAACUUCAUAAGCAGUAGUUCAUUUUCCUUGCUUCUAGCAAAUUUCAGUGGUAUGCUAAAAGGCUGCUGUUAAAUCAAAAAGAGGGCCUUGCCAUCUUCCAUUUCCUUAUUGAAGCCACCCCCUCGCCCACGCCCCCAUCCCCACUCCCUCCUCUAGCGGUUGGAGCGUUUUACGCUCUCUGUCAAGGAGGUGCACAUUGGCUAAAAAGGAAAUAAUUAAUAAAAGCUAAGUUUUGUUUAGCAAAUCGCCCUUCUGGCCUUUUCCAAGCAUGGUUAUGCGGUUAGUUCAAUUCACUGGUGUUUUACCGACUUCGAAAGUAGCAAAACAGACUGUUUGUAGUCGAAUAACUACAACAAAGUUUGGUUCUCAUUUAUUCUCACAGCAGUUGGAUUGGUUGCCGAGCAUAUUGAAAUCAUGCGCCAGAAGUACAAACGUCAUGAGGGAUGGCUCGCGCCCUUUCCUUGGUGCGAAGACUUUCAGUUUCAACUAAGCGAUAUUUAUACACGGCUUCGUAUGGUCAGCAGAGGGAAAAAAGCCAGAGCAACAGCGGAGCAAAGAGUUGUUGAAACGACUGAAAUCUUCAAACCCCACGAAGAAUGCAAACAACCUAGAAAAGUAUUGAUUGAAGGAAAGCCAGGUAUGGGGAAGACGACAUAUUGCAAUAAGGUUGCUUACGACUGGGCUAUAAACACAAAAAACGAAGGAGAUUGCUUUCCGGAAUUUGAGUUGGUGCUUUUGCUGAAAUGCCGUGAUGUGGAGAUCGAGUCCGACCUUUGGCGAGCCAUUGACGAUUAG